AUGGCACAAGUCUGGCCACCAUCUCCAUGCGUGGAGGAUGAAGACGUAUCUCUGUCGAAGGAACUCCUGCUCGAUGUACCCAUACAUAAGACCAAGAACGAUGAUCAGCCUGCAGGAAGUCGAGGCUCGGUUGAUCAAUACCCCAUCAUUAUCGACAGCGAUGACUCGGAUACAACCAGCAAGCAACAUGGCUCGGACUCGGAUGAUGUUCCUUCUCAACCUCACUCUGGACACGCCAGCGCGGAGUCGACUACCAACACCGAGAAGCGAUUUGUCUUGUUCUCUCCUGAAAGAUCCGAAGUUGUGGAGGAACCACCUCUCGAGGACAUGCAUAGAUCUAGAUCUACUCCUCAGCUGAACAUACGAGAGGAACACAGAGGGAGACCACAAGUGACAAGGAUCCACACAGAUUUGGGCCCAAGUCGAGAAAGCAUGGCGGCGGACCGUCAUCGAGAACCAUCGCCAUAUGCUUACAGCAACCAGUCUACAAUGGACUCGACAUCUGCUGGACCGCGCUCCGGGAUUAACCUAUUGUCGCCCAUGGAUGCUAACAGAUCAAGAAGGUCUCUGCCGGUGCGACAGCGCAGUCAUCCGCAGAAACACGACAGUAGUGACUCAGAGCACGGCUCCAAGUCGAAAAGAAGGCCUGGACGAAGUCGGAGUCGCGCUCCUAGAAAGAGCUUUUCCCAGACCGAUCGACCCGAAAUCGAGAAUACGAAGAGCCCUAGACGUACUCAACUAGAUUCGAGGACAACUGAAGACUACAGUUACAAUACUCGUCGUCAUGGCAGUGCAGCUCCGUCUAAAGGAGAUUUCGUCGGCUAUAGCUCCAGCUUUAAAGAACACAUCACACCACCACAGAGCCCCAAGCCUCUGCCGGGAUCUACCCGAUCGUCUCUGUCAGAGUCUGCGAGGGAUCAUGCAUACUUCAGGCAUGGCACUGACCAAGUCAUCACCGACUCACCUUACACUUCCUCGGCGGAUGAAGGGCGCUCUCGAAGACAGAUUUCAGGAGAUGAGAAGAGAGGGAAAAGUGUUGGCCGUUCACGAAGAGCCUCCUCUAGACUUGACCUUCAGGAAAUCGACAGGACUUCCACAAGUCGAGCUACUUCUAGACACCGCGAUCGUGGGUCGAGAGAUGUGUCAUCGCCGGAGCCGGUGUUGUCGGAUGAGCGACGGCGGCGGGAACCAGAUACUCCUCUCUCUGCCCGGGCAUUGAAAGCCACAGAAGAUUACUUCGGCAGAGCUCUCGGCAGCAAGCAAAGUAGAAAGCUUGAGCCUGGCAAUGAUCAGUCACGACCUGUAUCUCCACUGAGCUCACCCUCAGCUAGCCCUCCCCGUCCGCCUCGUGGGGACAAGAUGCCAAGACACGAUUUUCAGCCACCAUCAAGUGCUGCCAAUACCUCGAAACCGAGAUCUCGUCCCCCCUCUCAGGAUGAUAGCCACUCCAAUGGCAUCAAGCCCCUUACCACACUCCUUAGUGCUGCGACCUUAGGUGCUUCCUUGGCCAAGGCAAUUCCGACUGUAUCGAGAUCCAUCGCCACCUCUCUUAACAGUGCGGAAUCUCUCAACAGUGGAAGCCAGAGUAGGCCAAGUAACGGAGACAGAUCACGAAAGGCCUCGCCAGAUCUCUUUAUAAGAACCAGCUCGGUGCCGGGUAGAGAUGAAGGCCCGUCACUCCGAGUCACGACUUAUCCCGUUCAUGAUGAACGGACACAGCAGAGAUCUUCCACCUACACGCCUACUCCUGCUGAAAGUCCUCGAACAGCGGCACGAGCUGCGUCUUAUUCGUAUCCACCGGAAAUCUCACGACCGGCUGUACCUCAUAGAGCGAUGUCCACCUCGUCAACACAAAGUUUUCAUCAGUAUCUAAACGUAACAUCACAGCAGCCCAUGGUCUCGGCGCCAGUCACGCCUGACCCAGUCAACAUGUCUUUGCCAGUGGUGCCUCGACCUAGUGUUCCAUCACCGUGUCCUAGAUCGACGCCGGUGACCGGACUAUAUGAUUGGUAUACCAUUCGUGACAUGUCGUUUCUAGACUUCUGUCCGUCGUGUAUGAACUUCCUCGGCGGGACCAGAUUUCGAGAUCACUUCAUUCCUAGCAUGCCUAAAGACCUUCGGCAACCGGUUCAAUGCGCUAUGAGCAAGCCAUGGAUUCGUCUUGCAUGGCUACAGUGUGUCAAACAUGACAAGAAGGAUCUUUCUCUUGUCUGGGGUUUGACUCAGCCUCCUCCAGAAGGAACGAGAGCCUGUCCUGGUCCCGUACCCGAGCAUAGAAGAUGGUAUCACUUGACAGAUCCAAGGACUAAUCGGCCUGUGGAAGGAUUCGAUAUCUGUUCCGCAUGUGUCAUGAAGAUUGACAUGACAUUUCCUCAAUUGCGGUCCUACCUCUUUGACAGGCCGCGAGACAAACUUAACGAAGAAAGGAUAUGCAAUGUCAAUACCAACAGUCGACACUUCUGGCCCAUCCUUACCGAGUUGGAACGACUGGCGGACCGUCGAUCCAGGGAGUCUUUAAGGCAGAGAGAUAUCAUCGACUUUGUUGAUUACAUUCGACGGAUAUCCCGCCAUCGCGAAUGCCUCAAGGACACUAUGCUGGCAAUGACUGCAUGGCAUUUCAUCCCUGACCUACCCGAAUUCACAAUCUGUGAAGACUGCUUUCAGGAGGUAGUCUGGCCUCUUAGAGAUCGACCAAUAGCACGAGAAGUGUCCAGGACUUUGAAAGUCGUUCCUAAUCUGCAAAGAAACCAAUCAAUACAAGGAAUAAGUUGUCAGCUAUAUAGCGACCGUAUGAGGAGGAUUUUUCAUGACGCCGUUUCGAAGAAUGAUUUUGAGUGCCUGAGAGCAGCGGCGAGACACAGAUAUAGCAUGGAGCAUAGGCUGCAGGAGCUUCAAAGGCGCUAUAAAACGGACCAACAGGCUGGGUGGGAUAGGAGGGGCGAGAUGGAACAAAACAUAACGAUCUGGAAGUCGAUUGAAUGA